CAUGACUGUCUGUUUAUAUUUGAAUGGCAAAUGUGUACGUUCCCGUCAUUCCUUUUCUACUCAGUUUUUAUGCAACAUUGGAGUACUCGAAGACAACGACAGCAAUUUCGCCGAUUCGAUGCGGCUGCGAAAGAAUUUGAACACAACACUAUCGUAUAUUUUGUGCCGUGUGCGCGUACUAAAAACAGUGUUUUUUAAGUUCGGGAAAGUAAUUAUAAUAUGGCAAAAUAAGUGUAAAUAUAAUAAAGUGGAAAGUCGGGAAAUUUAAAGCUAAAAAUGCAAAUAGGUGGCCUUCGUGAAGUGCUAGGAUAUGACGGGGAUAUCUGACACAAAACCUCAGUAGCUACGAAAUCCGCGAUGUGUCGUUGACGCCGACGUAGGUGCAGACGACGACGCGACUUCAGCCGUACAACUGACGAAGCUAAUCCACACGAACAGCGGCAAUCGGAAUAAUAGUAAUGAUGAAGUAAACCCGUUGGGGCAUUGUGCAAAAUGAAUUUAAAUUGAAAGAUAUUGGUUUCUAAAAUAAAUAAAAUUAAAAUGGUUUAGCAAUUGGCUGUUUGGGCUAUGCCGGAAAAGUGUUGUAUGUAUAAAAUUUGUAAAGUGUGUUGAGCAGUGUAUAGUGCUGAUUAUGUAUGUGCAAAGUUAGAGUAUUACUUAAAGUAAUGAGAACAAUAAAUAAAUAAUAUAACUGAAUAACUAUUCCAAAUUAAAAAAAGUAGCGGACAGUUGUACGAUUUCAACUUCUUGGUUUCAAAGUGCAUAUAAUUUUAUUGUGGAAGGGAACAAGAGGAAUUUUCAAAGUAAAUGAAAAAGCAUAAAACGAGCAAACAAAACGGGUGGCGUACAAGUUGCAGCCACUGCACAAUGCUCUAUCACUUGUGCAUAUGUAUUUAGAUGCUUGUGUUUGUUCGCCGCGAAAGAGUGCGCAGUGUACGCGGUGUAAUAUUUGUGGAAGCGAAGCGAAACAAAGCAAAGCAAAGCAAGAGGAGUAACAAGACAACGUAGCAGCGUCGAAUCGAACCAAAAACAAAAACGUUUGCGGCUGUUUGUUAGCUCUUACUAUCAGCAGUAACGACAACAACGUCGACGCUAACUACAUAUUGAUGACGCCAAUGUAGUCGGAGGCGGUGACAGCGAAAUCGGUGUGACCAAGCCCAAAAAUCCAGUCAAGCACUACGAAUUUAUCAGCACGAAAGUUCAUACCGCAGAAAGGAAAGACAAAGUCAGGUUAUUGGGCAUUAAUGGGAACGGCAAAUAGUGAAAAGUAACUAAUUUUUGAGAAGAACUUUUCCAAAUACAAACAAAAGGUUAUGGAGAAUCAACUAACGAAGCUAGAACGAAGGUAGCCGAUAGACGGAGUACACACAAGCGGUACAUGCGAAAAGCCGUAGCAUUUGCAGAAUUGCAUGAAUAAUAAAUUUAAUUUAGCCGCAAACCAUAUAACUACUACUGAUGCCACUUUCCUUGCAUCUACGAAUUUAAUAGAAAUUGAAAAUACAAACCUAUAAAGUCGGAGGGCAUCCAACGUCAGCUUGAAGCAGCAACGUCGUCGUUGACUAAUACUAAAUACACAAAUCAACGAGGUACAUCGGCGGUGUGUCGUGAUCGCACUUUCUGCAGUGGUCAACAAAGCGUAUCUGUGCACCUUCAACAGCACCAGCAGUAGGAGUACGUACAGCGUUGGAUUUGGAACAGCAGCAACAGUAGCUUCAACUGAGGCAUAAUAAUGGCCGCCGAGGAACUGAAAGUGGUUUUGCGCCGCAAUGAACAUUCCGGUUUUGGGUUUUCGCUGUUGGGCACUACCGGACCACCGCAUGUAAUCUACGAGAUACACGAGAAUUCACCGGCCGCUGAUGGUGCGGUCGAAGCUGGUGAUAUUAUUUUAAAGGUAAACGGCACUGACGUUCAUCGAUAUACAACGAAAGAAGUUUUGAAGUGCUUACGUCUAUCCGAUGACUCGGUCACAUUGGAAUUGCGUCGAGAUCCCAAAUUGAAGGCACGUCUCAAAGAACAGCUGGCUAAUACAAAAAAUCCCCAUUACGAAGACAUCGAACCAUCUCCGCACAUUUACGAUUACAAAGUAUCGAGUUGUCGAUCACCAACUACACAUCAUCGCUCUUUAUCGCUACAGGACUCUUAUGAACCGUCACAUAAUAGCAACUCAAAUUCAUCAUCUUCGCCUGCGAUACGCUACCCUAAAUCUCCCACACACUUGCCACACCGCCAGGGUUCGCUGCCAACGCCUGGGGCUAGCCAACAACAACAGGGCAAUCACAGUCGCAGUUCUUCCGCUUCGUCAGCUCAGCUACAAUUUGGUGAUAUAAAUGCUUCAGCAACGACUACUGGUGGUGGUGGAGGCGCGGGUGGAGCUACUUGCACAUCCCCCACAUGUCGUCCAUCGCGCAUUCCAACUGCUUUGAAAGCACCACAGAAGCCACCCGUACAACAUUCGCCACAGCAUAAGCGACCACGGCCAUCACAAAUUCCUACGAAGGCUGGCACGGUGGGUUCGGCCACCACUAACGGUAACACACCUACAAGCGGCCACGUAACGACAGCGUCAGCAACAGGUGUUUGCGUGGGUGGAAGUAAUAGUGCGCAUUUACAGCAUUCGAACAGUUAUAGCGGCGGCAGCACACGUUUUUCACAAGCAACACAACAACAAAGCGAACGUGACGCUGAGCCUAAUUCGGCGCCACCGCAGCCAGCGAAGGCGCCACGUUUUGAAGCGUACAUGAUGACUGGUGAACUGAUAUUAAAUUUAUCGAGGACAUCACAAAGUAGUAAUCUACUGCCAGGGCACGCAAAGAAGAUUGACAGUUUGCGUGACUCACCACAACGUGCUGUCGUGGCUGCGCGCGCCAACGGUACCCUAGCGCCUCGCGCCUCUGGUGAAUCAUCGCCCACAUCAUCCUCUUCGGUGGAUUCACCCACCCAUACGGGAAGUUCUGAGUCGGCACACCACCAGAAAGACCGCGGCAGAAGACGUCACCAACAACCGCAUCAUCAUUUACUACAACAACAGUUGGAUAGCAUUAACAAUAGUUACAAUAACAGUAACAGUGGUGGGGGCGUCGGAGGUGGUGUGGGCGUGACAGGUGAUGAUCCGCGCAAAGACGACACACUGUUGUUGUGCGAAGAGCUAGAGCGUGACGACGAGGAAACAGGCGGCGAAAAUAAUCGCAGGCAACGAUAUCAACAACAUAAACAGUAUUCAGUGCGUCGACAUCAAUACAGUCACCAACAGCAACACAGCAGUUACGAACACGACGAAGUCGCCGACAUCGAGGAAAACGAGGAGGAUCAAACCCACUACGACAUCACAAACAUCGAAACAUACAAUAGUGGCGGAAUUGGUGCCGGGGACGUGUGCGGAGAUGAUGACGCAAGCGAUCGGCAGUGCCUGGUGACGCAUUAUGGCGACGACGAUGACGAGGACGGUGACGGCGAAGGUGAGGACUUCGAUGCUGAAGGCGAAGAUGGCUGUGCUGCAGAGCACGAAGACGAAGAUUACUCUUCGAAUUCGCUCACAUCGGCAUCGGCGAAGCAACGGUUGCGCGCCCUCAAACAUAAAGCCGCUGCUGCGCAUUACAAACACGCUCAAAGUGUGGUGCGCGCUAGUGGAGGCGGCGGCGCCUACGAUUCGGUCGAUUGUGCGCGCCAACACUACCACCACCACCACCAUCAACCCCAUCACCAACAGCAACAACAUCAUCGGCAACAGCAACGCGGUUCAGGUGGCUCGACUUCCUCAUCGGCGACGGUGAAAAGCGACGGCAUGGCCGGCAUAAACACCUCACCCGAUGAAACUUCUUUCUCAGUGCCCACCUCACCGAUUUCGCUGUCCACCCCAUUGAUUGAUAAGGAUACAGCAAACUCAGUACCCACCAGUCCAGAGCCAUCGAGUCUGGGCGCAGUGGGCGGUGGUGGCACCGCCGGCCAUGAUGGUGUGGUGCGGCGACACAAUGGUGUCGUGCGUACAUGCGAUUCGGCUGGUUUUCGUACUAGCAAAUCCGAGGAUCAUUUGCAACAAGUACAGCGUGAAGGCAUGGCUGCCGUAAUACCGAUCGACAUUGACGAGGAUGUGAAUAGUUCACUGAAUACGUUGCUGGAUACAAGACAAGACUCUGAAGACUCGCAGGGCUCCAGUCGUGAUCGCAUCGUUUGGACAUAUAACGCACCACUGGCGCCACACCAAAUAGAACAAUUACAGCAGCAGCAACACCUGCAGCAACAAAUACAACAGCAACAACAACAAUAUUCGGCAGCACAAUAUGGCGGCCACAAUAAUUCAUCACCGAAUUCGCAGUCACAUUCACACCCCCAUUCGCACUCACAUUCGCAUUCACACUCGCAUUCGAGUUCAAUAAGUUCAUCACCACAGCAUUCAGCUGGCAGCCCCGCCUCACCUACAUCCGUGUCAAGUUCGGUAAUGUCAUCGUCUGGUUCGAAGGGUGCGCUUGGCAUUGGUGGCGCUUAUGCGUUAUGCAGCAACAAUAAUAAUGGUGGUCAUCAUCAGCAACAACAACAACAACAGCAGCAACACCUUCAAUUGGCAGCAAAUGCAGCUAAUGGUGGCACGAGCGGUGGCACCAGCGCAACCACAGCAACAACGGCUUUACAAAUGGGUUUGUUACAAUGUCCUACUGGUAGUGGUAAUGGUAGUGGUGGAGGUGGAAAUGGUAGUGGUGGUGGUAACAAUAGUUUUGCAGGUGGUGCCGGUUGUGACCAAAGCGUCUCCGAAGCCAUCUCGAAUAUUUCUAGUCCCGACUAUCAGGACGAUGAUAAUUUAUUGAGCUCUCGCGAUCUUGCAGGCGGCAUGGUACUUAGUGAUCCCAGUGAUUCGGAUUCAACGAUACUCGUAUCGGAUACGGCGGCAACUCGACAAAAGCAACAGCACCAUCAACAAUCGCAACUACAAGCACAAACGUUUCAUCAACAGCAAUUGCAACAACAACAGAAGGUUGGUGGUAUGGGUCAACAACAGAAUUCCGAACAGCAUAAACUAGUGAUACAGGUGCGUGGCAUCGAUAAUAGUAACAAUGCUUCACCACGCUCGGCCUACACCGAACUGAGAGACUCCGAAGAUGAAUUGGCCACAUUGACAGAGGAGCCAUUGAAUACUGUUUUGACAGCAGCGGGGGGUGAUGGUGGCAGUACGGGACGGGACUCAUCGCCACCUGUCUCAGAUGAUGGUAGCGAUGUGGAGUCGUUACAUUCCUACCAUUACUCACCAAAGGCUGUAGAUAUGCCGUCAGCGAUACGACUGGCCAAAAGGCUGUACUCACUGGAUGGUUUCAAGAAGAGCGAUGUGUCGCGACACCUCAGUAAAAACAACGACUUCAGCCGCGCUGUCGCCGAUGAAUACCUAAAGUAUUUCAAUUUCGAAAAAAAAACGCUGGAUCAAUCGUUGCGCGAAUUUUUGCAACAAUUUUCGUUGUCAGGGGAGACGCAAGAGCGUGAACGUGUGCUGGUCCACUUUUCGAAACGCUUUUUGGACUGCAAUCCGGGAACAUUCAAUUCACAAGAUGCUGUGCACACUUUAACUUGCGCUAUUAUGCUUCUGAAUACCGAUUUGCAUGGCCAGAAUAUUGGACGAAAAAUGACUUGUGCCGAAUUCAUUGAAAACCUGGCCGAACUGAACGACGGCGAAAACUUCCCCAAAGACGUUUUGAAAUACCUAUAUCAAGCCAUUAAGACACAACCGCUGGAAUGGGCGCUCGAUGAAGAUGCCAAUGAGUUGCAAAAGCAACGCGCCGACAAUAAUGUGGAGAACAGCACAUCCACCAGCCUAAUCGGACAAAAUCCCUUCUUAGACAUACCAGAAUCGUCGUCGGCGAUUGAAUACAAAAAGGGUUAUGUGAUGCGCAAGUGUUGUUUCGAUUCCAACUACAAAAAAACACCAUUCGGUAAGCGUUCCUGGAAGAUGUUCUAUUGCACGCUGCGUGAUUUGGUGCUAUUCUUGCACAAAGAUGAGCAUGGCUUUCGUAAAAGCCAGAUGUCCGAUAACCUGCAUAAUGCGAUACGCAUCCAUCAUGCUUUGGCCACCAAGGCUACCGAUUAUACGAAAAAACAACACGUUUUCCGAUUGCAAACUGCCGAUCAAGCCGAGUACUUAUUCCAAACUAGUGAUUCCAAAGAGCUACAAUCAUGGGUGGAGACGAUAAAUUUCGUUUGCGCCGCAUAUUCAGCACCGCCACUGGAGGGUGGUGUGGGCAGUCAGAAACGUUUUCAACGUCCAUUACUUCCCAGCACACACACAAAGUACUUGAUGAAAGAGCAAUUAGAAUCGCAUGAGCAGCAAUUAGCCCAAUUAGAAGCUGCUCUCGCAGAUCAUAAGAAAGGACCUUUGCCAAACAAAGGACUUCCCCUACAGAAUUACAAAGAAAAAGAGAACUAUUUACAGUAUGAGUUGCGCCGCUAUCGUUCUUAUGUGUCAAUUUUAACUGCUAAACUGCUUGCUGAGCAACAACAAUUAGAGGCCACGCAACAGCAACUACAAUUAACGAACAACGAGGAAUUGGAUACAUUUUCAACGAGUGGAGGAGGAGCUGUGAUUGGUGCACGGCAACAACAGCCGCCACCAGCGUAUCCGCAACAAUUACAAUUACAACAACCAACUGCGCAGUUACCAACAGCACAACAGCCACAGCCGCAACAACAGCAAACUUCAAACAGAAAGAAAGAGAAAAAGAAAUGAAGGGUACACAAUCGCUAGCGACUCAAAGAGCCUUGAACAGGAAUGAGUAUACUAAAGCACACACAUAUACAAACAAACAAAGAACAAACGAGUGUGAAGAAUCUUUUCGCAUUUAACAUUCAGUAUAAUAAAAUUGCGUAAAAAAUAUAAGAAACAAAUGAAUAAAGAAAAAAAUCGAAUUGUUCUAACUUUUUUUCAGCCACUUUUUAUUUCAACUCUCCACUCAUGCGACCAUGCACCAGAACAUACAUACUCGUACACCUAAAUAGCUCUACUGCAAAUGAAGAAAUAAGUUCCACACGCCCUUGGCGCUUCGUAUAUCAGCACUUCAUCAUAAACCGCAAGGACAAAAAUAUCUGCCUGUAGCCAGGCAACAUCGAUCAACAAAGUUAUUCCUUCACCCACAUAUACAAUACAAACAUACAUAUAAAAACGCUCACACUUCGAUGCCCUGAAAAAUAUGUGUAUACAUGAUUGUGUAUGUGUCUUACAGUGUCUGCCAAGAGUUGUGAACCACCAUACAUUUGAAACAAACGCCGUCGCCGUCGUUCAUGCAUACACACAUAACGAAUACUAUUAUUUUUAAUUUAUAUUUACUAUAUGUAUUUACUUACCUAUAUAUAAUAUAUUAUGUGUAUGUAUAUUGAUAAUUAUAUUUUAAUUUUAAUUACAAGUAAUUACUAUAUUAGGAAUGUAAUUAUACAACAAAAACAUACACAUACGUUUAAAAGAUAUGCAUAUAAAUGGGAAAGCAGUAAAAAGAAAUUACGAUCUUCAUCGUAUUUAUAUUAUAUAAUAUUAUACAUAUGCAGAUUUACGCUAUUUUAAAAUUAUUUAUACAACAUACUUAUAUAAACAAUACAUAUAAAGAACUUUCGAAAAGGCGAAUUAAAUCAAAGAAAAGAAAAACAAAUUGAUAAAGGAAAAAAAUCUUUAAAAGAGAAUCAUUUUGAAUGAUAGAAAGCGUAUUAAAAAGUAAGCGAUUGAGCGAAAAUCACUUCGACAAAUUUACAUUUAUAUUCUCAUAUAUAUAUUUUUAGUUUUUUGAAAUAUAACGCGAAAGUGACGCCUAAAAAAAGUUGGUGAGAGUAAAACGAAAGUAAAUUGAAGAAAAGAGGUGAAUGAAGAUAUUUUUAUAACCUCAGCUACUUACCCAAAAUAAGAUAAGCCCCACUUAUUAAAAUUUGUAUUUGUUAAAAGAAAAGGUUAUGGAGAACCUCUAAAAUUCUAUGUGAAUUAUUUGAUUGAAAUUACUUUCAGGCGCUAUGAAAGUGUCGUUUCGCUAUGCGCCAGUUUUUCAGUGCGCUCCAGCCUAACUAAGUUUGAAAUCCAAUCUUAUAGAGAUAACUUUUGUUUCAAAAUUCACAACACUUAAACUCGUGCUGAAAAGCGGCUUGCAAAACUCAAAUUUUAUAACUCAUAAAAAUUCACAAACCCAAAAUAAAAAAAGUCGAUGAAGCGAGUGAAAAUUAAUGAUCGCAGCUAAAACGCAAAUUAUUCUUUUCAAUUUGCUCAAGUUAAUAUUUUUGUAUUAUCCGAAACGUAAAACACUUAUGACAUUAUUUCGAGGCGAUUUCUUUCGUUUUUCACUAUUUUGAAAAGGUUAUUUUGCUUUACAAACACAAAAAUAAAAAAGAGAAAACGCAAUGCAUAAACUGCACGCCACUGGAAAUAUGAAAAGGUAGACAUAACAUAGGUAUCUACGUGCAUACACUGCGAUUACACUACUGCAUUAAUUCCUAAACUAAACUAAUUCCACAAUUUGAAUUCCUUCAUUUGUUUGUAAGCAAAUUCUACUUUUAUAUAUAUUUGUUUAAUGUACAUUGAGCUACUUUUGUUUUUCCUCCAACGGAUUUCGUUUACGUUACCGUUUCUUUUUGUUCUCGUUUCCGUAGUUUUAUAAUAUACAUGUAUAUAUACAUACAUAUUCAUUAUAUUAUGGAUCACAUUGUUUUCUAUUUGUAUGUUCAAUUUGUCGCUUUAUUGUCGUAUUAUUUAUUAUCCUUGAUUUGAAAUCUUUUACUUUAUACCUACAUAUUAAUGCAUAUAUUAUAUAUAAACAAAAUAUACGUUCAAUCAUAUGUCCACGUCUGUAGUUAGGAUAUUAAAUUUGAAGUAAAAUAAACGUAAGAAGCUAAACGAAAUAAACGAAAAUUAAAAAAAGUAAAACAAGAAAAUGCCUCGAUCUUUUUACGCCUCCUAAAAUCCUAUGGGAUUUUGAGUAAAUUUUUUUUGUGAUGUUACCUUAGAAAAUAUACUUAAAUUUAAUGAAAAAUACGUGAGUACACAUACUAAUGGUAGCUGUGUAGUCUCUGUGUUUCUUUUAUUUUAGUUUCCAACUAAUCUAAGUAAUACAGAUGAAUGCGCUGGUGUGUCAUCAACUUGGAUUGGUGAAACACUAUUUUUUUCUUAAUCUCCCUAAACCUCUUAUCAAACGAUCUCCAGUAUCCAAAAUACCUUUUAUUGCUUCGCAACUAUUCCCGAAUGCGGACACGAAGUCGCUCUCAGUAACAAGUCGCUCUCAAAAUUAAUAUAUGGCAUUGUAUUGAUAUCAGAAGCGUCCUUUCGUUCAAAUUAUAUUACAAAAGAUCAUUUCCGGGGUGUGAUAAUAACAUACACUUAACACACAUAACACUU